CCCAGACUUUCACGUCACGAUCAAUCCAAACUCGUCCCCAUUCUUUUGCUCUUGCUUGCUAGCCAUCAUGAGAGGUGGUCGACAAUUCCACUCUGCAUCGAGGACCCUCUAUCGCUGUUCUCAGCAGUCUCGACGACUUAUUCAUUCAACGCCUAGUCGACAUGAAAUCAGCACCCUCCAAAUGCCUGCAAUGUCCCCAACAAUGACCGAAGGCGGAAUUGCCUCUUGGAAAAAGCAGCCGGGAGAAGCGUUUAUAGCCGGCGAUGUUCUUCUUGAAAUCGAAACGGACAAGGCUACUAUCGACGUGGAAGCCGUGACCGAUGGGCUGAUGGCAAAAAUUUUGCUACCGGAUGGAACGAAAAAUAUACCAAUUGGAAAGGUCAUAGCCAUGUUAGCAGAAGAGGGUGAUGAUAUUUCUAAUGUACAAGCUCCCAAGGAAGCAGAGGCAUCACCGACCUCCUCGCUGCCCAAGCAAGAAGCCGCUCCUUCAACCCCACAUCCAGCUCCGACCCCAGUAGCACACUCGUCGUCACCGCCAACCCAUCCGCGUACCCUGUUCCCAUCCGUCUACCGCUUAUUGCAGGAAAAUAACAUUACCAAUGCUGAGCAGAUCAAGGGUACUGGUGUGCGCGGCAUGUUGACCAAAGGCGAUGUUCUUGCAUUUUUGGGAAAAGCUUCUGGUCCUCUCGGCACCUACAAGGAGUCUACACCUACUCAGUCCCCCAUGCCCAUUCCUAAGAAGGACGAGCCAAAACCUAUAGACGCAGCCGCACUCCGACAGCUCAUCGUUUCAACAAUGCUUCGGAAUUCAGUCAAUCCGUUUACCGCCCCGGGGCCACCCCCAGAUUUCGACUCAGUUAUUGGGGACUAUCUUUCAUCACCUCCUGCUGCCCCCAAACCGGAAACGAAAUCCCCCGCUGCGUCUUCCAAGUCAACCGCAGCUUACUUUGACGGUCUCAUUUAGACGCCGAAGGGUAUUAUGUAUUUUAUUGAGCGACAAUAUAGAUCAGCUCGUCGUGGAGAUCAAACUUCAUUACACUGGAUCCGGGUUAUACGGAGGCAUGGUUUGGACUCUACCUUUCACCGGCCAUUGUUCUGUCAUGGUGUGAGCCUCCCAUAUUCUUCCCCCCCGAGCGACGUACAUCAGCUCUUUCGUGCCGUGUAUGGGACCGUCGAGCAGAUCAAAAUCCGGAGGGUAUAUAAGAAAGUCCGCUAACUUUCCUAUAGACAACGAGCCAACUGAGCCAAAAAGCCCAAAUGUGAUGGCAGCCGACGAUGUUGCUGCCUGGAGAACCU